GCGCGCUCCGAAGCGUCGGCGAGAAAAGCAGAAAACAGCUCCGCCCGCCAGCCCUCUGCCCUCCGCUCCCCUCCCCGGGCUGUGCGCCGGACCCCGGCCCUCGGAGCGGGGACGCGGCCAGGACCGCCGAGGCAGGCGCCUGCGAGGAAGAGCUCGGCCGGGUCCGGAGGCUGCUGCCUGGGACCGCGCUCCCAUCGCCUGGGCCUCGGUGUCUCCGGGCCAAAUUGCCGACAUAAUCGCAUCUGCCGGCAUCUAUUUUCGGUUUAUUUCUCCCUCAUUGCGAAGGAUUUGCCUGGCCAACUUUCUGCGCAAGAUCCCACGCAAUUCCUGGGACCCCAGAAGACAGGUCCUGUUGAAGAACAGGAAUCUGGCACUGGGUGGGCUGGGGAGGAACCCGCACGGUGUUAAAUCCAUAAACAGGAAGAGAAAAACGAAGCAGCGAAACCAAGAGGCGAAUGGGCGAUUGGAUGCCGGUGGGGAGAAUGCCGGGGGCGCACCCUGCUCCUGGACUCCAGUAAAGGGAGGCCGGGCAGAGUCCCUGGGGCGCCACCUCCCCCUCGGUGGAUCUAGGAUCUGGCUUCCAACAUGUGGCAGCUCUGGGCCUCCCUCUGCUGCCUGCUGGUGUUAGCCAAUGCCCGGAGCAGGCCCUCUUUCCAUCCCCUGUCGGAUGAGCUGGUCAACUACGUCAACAAACGGAACACCACUUGGCAGGCCGGGCACAACUUCUACAACGUGGACAUGAGCUACUUGAAGAGGCUGUGUGGUACCUUCCUGGGUGGGCCCAAGCCACCCCAGAGAGUUAUGUUUACCGAGGACCUGAAGCUGCCUGAGAGCUUCGAUGCACGGGAACAAUGGCCACAGUGUCCCACCAUCAAAGAGAUCAGAGACCAGGGCUCCUGUGGCUCCUGCUGGGCCUUCGGGGCUGUGGAAGCCAUCUCUGACCGGAUCUGCAUCCACACCAAUGCGCACGUCAGCGUGGAGGUGUCGGCGGAGGACCUGCUCACCUGCUGUGGCAGCAUGUGUGGGGACGGCUGUAAUGGUGGCUAUCCUGCUGAAGCUUGGAACUUCUGGACAAGAAAAGGCCUGGUUUCUGGUGGCCUCUAUGAAUCCCAUGUAGGGUGCAGACCGUACUCCAUCCCUCCCUGUGAGCACCACGUCAACGGCUCCCGGCCCCCAUGCACGGGGGAGGGAGAUACCCCCAAGUGUAGCAAGAUCUGUGAGCCUGGCUACAGCCCGACCUACAAACAGGACAAGCACUACGGAUACAAUUCCUACAGCGUCUCCAAUAGCGAGAAGGACAUCAUGGCCGAGAUCUACAAAAACGGCCCCGUGGAGGGAGCUUUCUCUGUGUAUUCGGACUUCCUGCUGUACAAGUCAGGAGUGUACCAACACGUCACCGGAGAGAUGAUGGGCGGCCAUGCCAUCCGCAUCCUGGGCUGGGGAGUGGAGAAUGGCACACCCUACUGGCUGGUUGCCAACUCCUGGAACACUGACUGGGGUGAUAAUGGCUUCUUUAAAAUACUCAGAGGACAGGAUCACUGUGGAAUCGAAUCAGAAGUGGUGGCUGGAAUUCCACGCACCGAUCAGUACUGGGAAAAGAUCUAAUCUGCCGUGGGCCUGUCGUGCCAGUCCUGGGGGGAGCAAGACAGAGACCCAGGAAUGGAGGAAUGGAAAGCGGAGUUCCUAACAGGAUGAAAGAUCCCCCAGUACCUCCAAGCAAGUAGCUUUCCACAUUUGUCACAAAAAUCAGAGGAGAGAUGGUGUUGGGAGCCCUUUGGAGAACGCCAGUCUCCCAGGCCCCCUGCAUCUAUCGAGUUUGCAAUGUCACCACCUCUCUGAUCUUGUGCUCAGCAUGAUUCUUUAAUAGAAGUUUUAUUUUUUCGUGCACUCUGCUAAUCAUGUGGGUGAGCCAGUCGAACAGCUGGGAGACCUGUGCUAGUUUUACAGAUUGCCUCCUAAUGACGCGGCUCAAAAGGAAACCAAGUGGUCAGGAGUUGUUUCUGACCAACUGAUCUCUACUACCACAAGGAAGAAACCAGCUUUUACUGUUUUUUAAAAAUUACAGCUUCACCCUGUCAAGUUAACAAGGAAUGCCUGUGCCAAUAAAAGGUUUCUCCAACUUGAA